ACACACAGUCACACACACAAAAGAGCCCAAGCUAGAGAGAGAUUCUAGAGAGAGAGAGAAAGAAAGAGCCGUUUAAGGAUAUGAUGCAGCCGGAGAAGCCAGAAAGUGAGGUUCACCGGGGUUUAACUCAGUCCGGCAGCUUGAGUUUCAGUGGUCUAAUGUCUAAAGAAGAUGAAGAGAUGUCAAAAUCUGCACUUUCAACUUUCAGGGCUAAAGAAGAAGAGAUCGAGAAGAGGAAAUUGGAAGUUAGGGAAAGAGUACAAGCUCAGUUAGGUCGAAUCGAAGAAGAAACUAAGCGUCUUGCUACUAUUCGUGAGGAACUUGAAGGUCUUUCUGAUCCAAUGAGGAAGGAUAUAUCUCUUGUUCGUAAGAGGAUAGACUCUAUUAACAAAGAACUGAAACCCCUUGGAAUAGCUUGUCAAAAGAAGGAAAGAGAAUACAAAGAAACUCUUGAUGCUUUCAAUGAGAAAAAUAAGGAGAAAGCACAAUUACUUACUAAGUUAAUGGAGCUCGUGAGCGAAAGCGAGAAGUUGAGGAUGGAGAAGCUGGAGGAGCUGAGUAAGAGCGUAGAAACAAAAACCUCGGAGAUUUCAUUGCGAGUUCCGGAGCUGAAGUUUAAGCUAAACAACAUGUUCCGAGUGUUGAAAGGUUGGUUUGGUCUGUCUAAGGCGAUUCACUAAUAUAUUAGGUGUGGGUUUUUGUUAAUAUUGUUUUUAUGGUCUGAUUUAGCGAUCGAAUUUGACUCGACUAAGUGUGUGUAAUGUUGUUUGAUCUAAAUCUAAUUGGUAUUAGGGUUUGUGGGUAUUGGAUUUUAGGUUUUCAUUUUCUUCUUCAUGGUUGUUGUUUGUUUGUAUCUUUUUAGUAAGAAGAAAAAAGGGAUGAAAGUAGACAUGUUAUUGCUUUCCAGAAUGUGUGUUAUCUAAUUGGCUCUGUAAAGUGCCAAAGUACUUAUGGCCAUUAUUAUUUAGUAUUAUUAUUAUCAAAUAUCAGACAAGGGCCACACUGGAAAAAGCUUUGCUGUCUCACCACGUUAUUGUAAUGGAUGACAAUUUUUCUUU